GAGUGACGCGCAGCUCCUUCAGCCAAACCGCCCAUCAUGAUGAGCUGGUGGUCCACCUCGGCCAACACGGCCCUGGACGAGCAGAUCGACAAGGCCACGAGCAGCAGUUUGGAAGACAUCGCGCUCAACCUCGAGAUCUCGGACGUCAUCAGGUCCAAGACGGUUGCGCCUAAAGAAGCCAUGCGGUCGCUGAAACGGCGCAUUGGCAACAGAAAUCCAAACACGCAGCUGAGCGCCCUCAACCUUACCGACACUUGCGUCAAGAAUGGCGGGUCUCAUUUCCUCACUGAAAUCGCCUCCCGCGAGUUCAUGGACAACCUGACCUCACUUCUCCAAGCCGUCGGGCCCGUUGCCGUCAACGCCGAAGUCAAAUCCAAGAUCCUCGAGCUGAUCCAGUCAUGGGCGGGUGCCACAGAAGGACGAUACGAGCUCUCUUACAUCGGCGAAGUAUACAAGCGCUUGCAGCGGGAGGGGUAUCAGUUUCCUCCGCGGGUGACGGUGGCGAGCAGCAUGAUUGACAGCAGUGCGCCCCCCGAGUGGAUUGAUUCGGACGUUUGUAUGCGAUGUCGAACGCCCUUUACGUUUACCAACCGAAAACACCACUGUCGAAACUGCGGUAACUGCUUUGAUCAGCAGUGUUCCAGCAAAACCCUUCCUCUGCCUCACCUGGGGAUCCUCACCCCUGUACGAGUCGACGACGGGUGCUAUGCUAAGCUCACCAACAAGGGGUUCAAAGAGCCGAUUCCGUCCCUCGACCGCACACCGACGUACCCUCACAAGACUCGCAGCACAUCUGCCAUGCAGCCUCGGAAUGCGCGCGUCGAUGACGGAUUCGACGAGGAUCUUAAGAAGGCGCUGGCUAUGAGCUUGGAGGAAGUCAACAACGCGUCCCGCGGAAGGGUCCAGCCGCCGGCUACCAACGGACCCAAGACAACAGGGGGAGAUGCCGCCGCCACAAAGCAGUUUGAAGAGGAAGACGAAGACUUGAAAGCUGCGAUUGCCGCCUCUCUGGCGGACAUGGAAGAGCAGAAGAAGAGACAUGCUGCGGCGCUGAAGGAGCAGACGUCGGGACCAGCCGCCUCUUCUGCUGCUACUUUUACGCUGCCCAAGAACGACUAUGAACUGACACCGGUGGAGGCGGAGAACAUCAACUUGUUUGCCACGCUGGUUGACAGGCUCCAGACUCAGCCCCCGGGCACGAUUCUACGAGAGCCCCAGAUCCAGGAGCUGUAUGACAGCAUUUCAUCGCUGCGCCCCAAGCUGGCGCGGACAUAUGGCGAAACGAUGAGCAAGCAUGAUACUCUCCUCGACCUCCAUGCUAAGCUGUCUACUGUUGUCAGAUACUAUGACCGGAUGCUGGAAGACCGCCUGUCAAAGGCUUACAGCCAGCAGAGCCUUGGCGGAUACAACCUGCCACCCCCUCGCCAAUCCUCCGGACCUUACCCUUCAAUACCUUCCCAUGCGCCAAGCAACUCUGUUGGUGCCGAGAAUUUCUACACAGGCCAGCAGCAGCCAGGCUAUGCACCCUCAGGCCAGCAGCUGUACCAAAUGCCACCUCAACAUGCCAUGCCGCAGUCCCCAUAUCCGCCCUAUGCUGGGAUGCCAGCUCCCGAUGCCAAUGCCGGACCUUAUGCCCCUCAGCAGCAGAUGCAGACGCCCGAUGGCUGGAACAACAGGGCCCCGUCCGCUCCUGAGCCGUUCCAGCAGCAACCGCAGGAGGCGCCGGAAGACCAACGACAGUACCCGCAGCAAGCCGCCGCGUCCCCGUCCACAGACCCGAACGCCUCCUACUACUUCAACACCGCACAGCCUUUACAGGCCGCUCCCACGGGACCAUCUGCCCCCGGCUCUGCUCCGGACACUCAGUCGCCAUAUCCCAACUUGAACCAGUCACCCAUGCCAUACCACCGGGGCUCAGCUCCCUCUGCUCCGACUCCCCCACAGCCGUUCCAGCAGGAUAUACCGCAAGGAUCCCCCUAUCAGGUUGCCAUGCCACAGCAGCAACAGCAGCAACCGCCGGCGCCUCCGCCUGAAUGGGCUGGAUACUCGCAAUACUCGAUGCCCUCUGUGCCGCAGCAGGAGCCUGUACACCAACAGCAGCCGGUUCAGGAGGAGGCACUUAUCGAACUGUGA